ACGCGCAGGAAGCAACAGUUUCUCAUCAACCACGAGGUCUCGCCGUACGUCUCCAUCAACAUGAUACUGAAAGACGGCCACUCCUUCGGUGAUGGCCGGGUGUUCAACGAUACACUUGACCUGAUCGAGUCACUCGAUUACCCUAAACAACGACUCUCCUUCAACGUCCUGAUAUCAGACCUCGAGUUCUACGAGAUGGCAGAAGCUACAUGGCCGGCUAUGCUCUCCGAACUACACAGCGUACACGUGACUCACUGCGACUACGGAUGGACCACUGGCCGCAGUGACCGUGAACGGCACGGCGCGUUGGUGCAGAAGAAGCGGAGGUCUAUGCUGGCCAAGUAUAGGAACAUACUGUAUAUGAGGACAAGGU